AUGUCGGACGUGUGGAGACAAUUUCAAUUGUUUGAUCUAACGCCAAUACGAGAUCCUAACUACAAGUCAAAUGAUCCUUUGUACUCAGACCCAUCAUUAUCUGCAAUAUGCUCCACUGAAAGCAACUUGCUAAUGGCAACUAACAAUAUUUAUAUUAGAAUCAUCUCCAAGCAAUUCUUACCUGUAAAAACAUUUGUAGCUUAUGAUUUAGAGUAUAGAAUCAAUUAUAUGAAAGCGCUCCCGCAUUCAAAUUUGUUGGUUACAGUAGCUGAAAGGCAAGGGUUCCCCUCUGUGUUAAAGUUAUGGGACUUGACUAAAAUUUUGACCUUGAAAAAUAUUGAUGAAGAUCAGUAUAAACAUGAGUACCAUACAAUGUGUAGAGUUUCCAAUGGAGAUAAUGCAUUCCCCAUAACGACCAUUCAAUUCAACAAGGGAUUAUCCUGUGUGGCCGUAGGAUACGCUAAUGGGACGGUUUUGUUGAUUAGAGGUGACUUGAUUAGAGAUCGUGGGUCUAAGCAAAGAAUCAUAUAUGAGUCAAAUGAGCCAAUUACUGGCAUACAUUUUAAUUUGUCCGAGGAUCUUCUCUAUAUUACUACGACUUCUAAGAUCUUAACCGUGUUGACAAAUGGCAGAAACAACGGAAGAUUGAAUCGACUCUUGUCUAAAAAGACAGGUGUGGACUUAAAUUGUUCUGGUUUAGAAAGGGAAGUCGCUGGAGGUGAGUUGAUAGUUGCCACUCAAGACUCAAUCAGGUACUAUAAUCAUGUAAGUAAAACAAAUACCAUUCUUCUUGAUAUGCCUAAGAAGCUUAUACAUAGAUUCGGUAAAAAUUAUUUGCUUAUCAUUUCGCCGCAACAGGAAGAAGCUGGUAAAGGAUCGUCAGGAAAUGGAGUAGUUGCCUCACCUAAGAAGCUCUUAUCUCGAAUUGUAAUUUUGGAUCUUUUGAACAAGCAUAUAUCAUUCAGUUUGACGAUCCCUAACAAUACAAUUAAUUAUGUAUUUGAGAUGUGGGGUGAUCUAUACAUGUUGAGUAGCGAUGGGAUCUUGUUUAAGAUUCAUGAAAAAUCAAUAAAUCAGCAAAUUGAAAUAAUUUUGCAGAGAAAUCUUUUCAAUAUUGCUUAUACGCUAGCAAUUCAGAACCAAUUAUCUAAAGAGAUGUUGCUUAGGAUUCAAAGACUACACGGUGAGUAUCUCUUCGAUCAACAGCAAGACUUCAAUGAAUCUAUAAACUUGUAUAUAAGUUGUUUGGAUAUAUUCAAGAGCAAUGGCGAGAACUCCGAGGAGUUGGCAGAUUUUAUUAUGGAUAUAAUUACUAAAUUUAAAGAUGUAUCCAAUAUUAAUAAUUUGACCAAGUUCUUAUAUAAGCUAUAUGAAUUAAAGCUCGCGGAUAAUGAUCAUCUAACUCUUUUAUUGUGUUGUUAUUGUAAAUUGAAAAAGUUGAAAGAGUUGGAUGAAUUCAUCGAUCAAUUUGAUUUUAACGAAACCAGUCUGUCUACAGGGAAGCUUAGGCUUCAGCAAUUAAAUUUCCAACUCAUAAUAAACUUGUUCAAGGAAUGUGAGUACUAUCCUCAAGUGGUGAAGUUGUUGUACAAAUUGAACCAGCCAAGUCAUAUUGUUGAUAUUCAAUUAAAUUAUUUGAAUCAACCUCAAAAAUGCCUUCAAUAUGUUAAAACUUUGUCUAUUGACGAAUUACUAUUGAUCUUGAUUGAAUAUUCUAAGAUUUUAUUGGAUAACAGUCCUAUUGAAACUACAGAAUUGUUGAUAAAUGUAUUCACUGGUAAAUAUAUGCCUCAAGAGGAAAAUGAGCCUGAAGUGGAAGUAUAUGGUCACGAUAGUCGUGCCUUACAUUCAGGAAUUACAUCCAUUCCUAUCAAUAGUUACAAGAAUUUCGUAACAUAUUUAUCUGGAAGUGAAAACAAUGACCCAAUGGAUGGUGAAAAUACAAGUCUAAACGGGUCCUCAAACAAACCUUCAGCACCUACAUACCUACCACCACGUCCAAGUCUAAUCUUUCCAUCAUUCAUAAACAAUCCAAAUGAGUUUGUUGUCUUCUUAGAAGCCUGUAUUGAAACCUUUGAUAAAUACCAAGGAAAUAUAAAUGACAAGAAGGAACUUCUUAUGACGUUGUUUGAAAUGUAUCUUUCUUUAAGUAAAGACCCUGAUGAUGAGUGGAAAGAGAAGGCCAAUGCAUUACUUUCGGAAUAUUCAACACUUUUGAAUAAAUCUUCUCUCCUUCUUGUUUCCCACAUCUAUGAUUUUGGUGAAGGUGAAAUUUCGGCAAAAGAACAAUCUGGUGGAUUCGAAGAAAGUCUAUUCAGGUCUUCUGCAAUAGCUGGUAAUAUAGAGAAUUGUUUCAAUUUGGUUAGAAAGUAUGGAGAUGCUAAGCCUGAAUUGUACAAACUCUUAUUGAAAUUUAUAAUUUCUAAAGAGGAAAUAUUCGACCAAGUAAGUGAUUCUGACUUUAAAUCGAUACUUUUGAAAAUCAAGACUUUAAAAUUGGCGACUCCUUUGGAAGUUAUUCAGAUUUUGUCCAGUACUGAAUUGACAACUAUUGGAUUAAUUAAAGAUUAUUUAAUUGAUUAUAUCGAUACUCAAAAUAGAGAAAUCUCAAAUAACCGAAAGCUUAUUAAAUCUUACGAAUCUGAGACAACAAAGAUUGGAAACAAAUUAAGCGAGCUAACAACAAAGCCUUUCAUCAUUCAAAACAAUAAAUGCUCUUCAUGCCACUUAAAGUUGGAUUAUCCUGUUAUCCACUUUAAGUGUAACCAUUCAUACCAUCAAAGGUGCCUAGAUGAAAAUACGAUUAUAUCAUCUUCGUCUAUCUUGAAUGAAGGAAGCAAGCUGGCUGUACAUUCGAAAGAAAGAGAUUGCCCCUUGUGUAUAAAUGACUUGGAAUCAUCAAGAGAAGUGCGUAGAAAGCAAUUUAAUUCAAAGGAUGAAAUCAACUUAUUUGAGCAAUCUUUGAAGGACAAAGAUGACAGAUUUAAAGUUAUCACAGACUUUUUGGGUAAAGGAAUAAUGGAAAAUGAAUCAUCAGUCAUAGUUCAGUCACCAACAAGGGCUUACUCAACUUUUUUGAGUAGAUAA